AUGGCUGCACUCAAACCUCUUCUUGAUGCCGAAUGUGGCACAACAAACCCGUUGAUUAAGUUAAGCCAAUUCUAUACACGUGAUAAUACACUUGUUACACAAGAUGGUCUUAUUAAACCAGCAACAAAUAAUUUUACUAAUGCGAAUCUAACUGGCGGAAGUAAUGCAACUAUUGAUGAACUUGUUAAUGAAUAUCAUCGGCCUAUAGCAGCACCAAAUACAUUUCAUCUUGAAGGUCUUUUAACCGGUUUACGUUUAGCUGAUGAUACAAUUGAUAAUACUAAUAAACAUGAAUACGAAUGGACGUCACAAUUUCUUGAUUCACUUACAAAUGAUUUUUCAUCUUAUUCAACAAAUACAAAAACAAAUAAUAAUUUUUCAUCAUCAAUGAUACAUCCAUUAUCAAAUCAACAAAUACAAACACCACAACAUAUAAUUAAUGAUUUUAAUAUUCAAUCACAAUCACAAUGGAUGCCAUGGAAUGAACAAUCUUAUAUUCCUUCGACUUCAACUUUUUCGCUAAAUUCAAAUUCAGCUUUUCUUGAUCAACAACCAUCAAAUGUCGAUGCAGGAUUUGACAAUGAUACUGUCAAAGCUGCACAAAAUAUUUUUGCACUUUUACAAGAAACCCAAUUUGCAGCCGAUAGUGAGUUUAAAAAUUUCGUUGAAAAUGUAGCUGGCGGUAUUGGAGAAAAAUCCACCGUCGAUGCCAAGAAGCAAGAGGCUACAGGCGAGACGAAAGAUGUAACAGUAGAUAAAUGGAUCAAUGAAUUUUCUAAUGAAUUAUCGAAUGAAAGUGAAUGGCAACAUGAUUGGGCAGCUGAUGCUGCUAAUUUAUCAUCACUAGACGAUCAAAUUCCUCGUUCACAAUCAUGGCUUCGUCAUCUUAUGGACAAUGAUGAUAAUUAUUCUGAAUAUAAAUUUGCAAAAGCUAAUGUAUAUCUUGAUCAUUCAAAUCCAUUUGAAGAAGGUCUUAAACGUUUACAAGCUCAUGAUAUUGUCAAUGCUGUUCUAUUGUUUGAAGCUGCCGUCCAAAAACAGCCCAAUCAUGUUGAGGCAUGGCUUUAUCUUGGCGUAACUCAAAGUGAAAAUGAACAGGAUGGUCCUGCUAUAUGUGCAUUAAAAAAAUGUGUUGAACUUGAUCCAAAAAAUUUACAAGCUUAUAUAACAUUAGCUUCGUGUUAUGCUAAUGAAAUGUUAACAAAUGAAGCACUUGAUUCUUUACGAAAAUGGUUAGCUAAUAAUGAAAAAUAUUCUCAUUUAUUAACCAAUCGUCGAUCACAAACAACAACAACAACUGAUGAACCAAGAUUGAUUGAUGAGUUGGCUUUUGAAGAAUUACAAGAAUUAUUUUUACAAGCAGUUUCAUUAUCAAAUAAUCCAAAUGAUAUUGAUUCUGAUCUUCAAGUAUGUCUUGGUGUAUUGUUUCAUUUGCCUGGCGAUUAUGAUAAAGCAGCAGAAUGUUUCAAUACAGCCGUUCUUGCUAAACCCGAUGAUGCUCUAUUAUGGAACAAAUUAGGUGCAGCAUUAGCUAAUGGUGGUCAAAGUGAAAAAGCAGUUGAUGCUUAUUAUCAUGCAUUAUCAUUAUCACCCGGUUUUGUACGUGCUCGUUACAAUCUUGGCAUUAGUUGUUUUAAUUUAAGUGCAUAUAAACAAGCUGUUGAACAUUUCUUAACAGCACUUAAACAACAAAGUGAUGGUAUGGGUCCACAAGAUGGUUGCGGUAAGAAAAAAGCGAUGGCUAAAAAUUUAUUAUCAAUUGAUGAGAAAUAUUUAUUGAUUACGCGAAAUUUACAAGAAACUAUUGGAGAUGAUCAAUUAAAGGAGAUUUUGAGUGAAAGAGAUCUUAAAGUUUAUUGGGGAACAGCAACAACAGGUCGACCACAUAUUGCAUAUUUUCUACCUAUGAUAAAAAUAGCAGAUUUUUUACAUGCUGGUUGUGAGGUAACGAUUCUAUUUGCUGAUCUUCAUGCUUAUUUAGACAACAUGAAAGCACCCUGGGAAUUACUAGAUCAUCGUACAUCUUACUAUCAACAUAUAAUUAAAGCAAUGUUAAAGUCAAUAGGAGUACCAUUAGAAAAAUUAAAAUUUGUACGUGGUACUGAUUAUCAACUAACACAAGAAUAUACAUGUGAUGUUUAUCGUUUGUUUUCUAUUGUUUCUGAACAUCGAGCUAAAAGAGCUGGUGCAGAAGUUGUUAAACAAGUAGCUUCACCUUUAAUCAGUGGUUUAUUGUAUCCUUGUCUUCAAGCUCUUGAUGAAGAAUAUUUACACGUUGAUGCUCAAUUUGGAGGUGUAGAUCAACGAAGGAUUUUUACAUUUGCUGAAGAAAAUUUACCAAAAUUAGGUUAUAACAAACGUAUUUACUUAAUGAAUCCAAUGAUUCCUGGCUUAACUGGUGAUAAAAUGUCUGCAUCUAAUGAAAAAAGUAAAAUUGAUUUACUUGAUACAUCAGAACAAGUUAAAGUCAAACUUAAUGCAGCUUUAUGUGAAACAACAAAUAUUGAACAAAAUGGUAUACUUCUUUUUUGUAAAAAUGUUAUUUUUCCAUUACUUAAAAACGAAAAAUUUAUACUUUUACAAUCAAGUAAAAAUAAUCAACUGAUAUCAUUUGAUAAUUAUCAACACUUAGAAGACACAUUUAUUGAAGAGGAUAUCAAUGCUAAUGAUAUUAAAAAUGGUCUUGCAGAAUGUCUUAAUAAAUUACUUGAACCAAUUCGACAAGAAUUUCAAUCUGAAGAGAUGCAAAAAUUAAUAUCACUAGCUUAUCCAACAUCAUAG